UCUACUCAUAUCUUCUCUCUCACAAUAACCUACUGUAUUUCCUCUAUUCGAGUGCCAUGGCAUUUUAUUUUUCAAUCAACUUCAAAGGUGGCAUUCUACAUAUUAGAGAGUGGCAUUCUAAUAGAGGAGUUAGGGUAUAUUUUUUGGUCCGAUUGUACUUGUUUGUUAGUGGUCCGACUGUACUUGUUUACCUUUCUAUCUUCAAAGCAAAUAUUAAUUCCUGUUAUUUCUGGAUUUAUGAACAAAUCCUCAAUCAAAAUUAAUUUUUUCCCUUUAU